UCCGGGAGCUAACACUACAAGCAGACCUGUCUGAGGAAAAACAAUGUUGUGCCUUCAUCUACAGAGGAACAACGAUCCAUGGAGGUCCUUCAUACAGCCUCUGUGGCCAGCUUCUGGAGACCUCUUUACUAGGAUGGAACAGGACAUGAUUAGAACAAUUGAGGACCUAAAAGCCAACAUAAGACGUAUGGAUCUGUUCCACCAGCAGUUGAUGAAGGAGAUGGUCUUUGAAGACAGCAAGUUUCUCCCACUGAUGCCUUCUGGUGACAUAAAAUCCAGUGAGGGUGGUUUUACGCUUUGCUUGGGAGUUCAAGACUUUUCUCCCAGUGAGCUCACAGUUAAACUAUAUGGGAGGAAGCUGCUUGUGACUGGAACCAAGGAAACAAAAAAUAAUGAUGGGAACGGUUCCUAUUCCUACAAGUGUCAGAUCUUCAGGAAGGAGGCAGAUCUUCCCCAGGAUGUUCGCGCAGAAGAUAUCAGCUGCAUUUUAACCUCGGGUGGUCAACUGAAAAUAGAGGCUCCAUGGCAGGCUGCUCCAGCUCUGAAGGAGAGGAACGUGCCAAUCCAACUUACUUCAACGGUACAAACAGCAGACCAAAAGCCUGCAGAUGGCAAUGAAACAAAGGACAACCAAGAUUCUAAAUCUUAACCCUUGGCUUAGUCACUUUUUUGUAUAUUCUCCUAGAUGUAUCUGUGGCAUUUUACAAAGGACUGCAGCCAAAUGGAUUGCUGUUAAGUAUACCAAACUGUUUGAUAUAUAGAAUAUUUAUUUUUGUUAUGUUAAUAAAUUAUUAUGAGAUUG